AUGCUGUUGUGUAUCUUCAAGGCAUUAGAGACCAGCAGAUACGCUGUUGUGGUAGCUGCUGUUUACUGGGGUAGCCGACCGGAGCCGGUGGUAGCGGCGGGACCUGGUCCAAUUGGCGGUUGCACGUUUGCCAAUAUGCAUGCGCCCGGCACACGCGUCAUGUUCCUGCUGAAAGAGAAAGAUGACACGCCGGCGUUGUUUACUGAAAUGGGCGAAUUAGGCCUGAAAGAAUGGAGGGAAACAGCACGUUGGGUGAAAUUCGAGGAAGACGUGGAACAGGGUGGCAAUCGCUGGUCAAAACCACAUGUGGCGACGCUGUCGCUUCAUUCGUUGUUUCAGUUGAGAAGUUGCCUCCUGAAUGGCCUGUUCAUGAAUGAUAUGCCUGAAACCGAUCUGCCAGCAAUCAUCGGUUAG